AUGCAUGGCCAGCAUCAUCAGCAUCAUCAUCACGAUCAUACUCACGCUCCAUCAAUUUUUGAGCAAUCGCUUGAUGAACUGGACUUUGAACGUUCCUUACAUGGAGCUUCCAGUCGAGGAGAUAUUGACAGAGUGAGGUGGCUGCUGAAUCGCAACGCCCUUGUCAAUGCUCGAGAUUCGAGCGGCUUGGCUGCAUUGCAUUACGCUGCUCGUGCAGGCUCUAUAGAGGUUGUGGAGGCCCUGCUACUCGCUGGAGCUGACGCUAAUACUACUAGCUCAGAGCUUGGAUGCACUCCUCUUCAUAAGGCAGCUAGUGGUGGCAAGAACAGUUUCAACAUAGCACAGAUCUUACUGAAACACGGGGCGGAUCCGUAUUCCCUUGAAACUGAUGGACGAACACCACUGCAUGUGGCAUGUGAUACUAGAGGUUCUGAAAGCGAUGAGCUUGUCCAACUUUUGCUGAAGGCUGCUCCAGACGCAAUAAACCGAAAGGAUCAAAAGGGUAGAUUGCCGAAUCUAGAACCAAAUAGCUAG